CAUUAGCAUACGUGACAUCACAUGCCCGGGAUAAAUAAGAGGGGGCUUUGACCAUGGCUCAGGACCACUCUGUCUUGGGACUUCAGCUUCUCAUCUCCUUUCUUUCCGCUCCUCCAGCUCCUACUCUCCAAGAUGACCGAGUUCUCAGCGGACCAGAUUGAGGACUUCAAGGAGGCUUUUGGUCUCUUUGACAGAAUUGGUGACAGCCAGGUGGCCUACAACCAGGUGGCCGACAUCAUGCGCGCUCUGGGCCAGAACCCCACUAACAAGGACGUUAAUAAAAUUCUGGGUAACCCAUCCGCUGACGAUAUGGCCAACAAGAGGCUGAACUUCGAUGCUUUCCUGCCCAUGCUGAAGCAGGUCGACGCCCUCCCCAAGGGUACCUACGACGACUACGUUGAGGGUCUGCGCGUCUUCGACAAGGAGGGCAACGGCACAGUCAUGGGCGCUGAGCUGCGUAUCGUGCUGUCCACCCUGGGAGAGAAGAUGAACGAGCAAGAGAUUGAUGCCCUCAUGGCCGGCCAGGAGGACGAGAACGGCAGUGUGCACUAUGAGGCUUUCGUCAAGCACAUCAUGUCUGUGUAAGAGGCCAGCAGUAGGGGUGCUGAACGAACUGUAGCCCACCUACAGACAGCCCAACAGUGUUCAGGACAUCUACACUGUUUCAAAGACCAACCAAGGAAAGACAAGGACUAUGUACAAGGGAUGUUGAAGCAAACCCAUCUUGUUGUUUAUUUUGUUUUCCUUUACACUUCGUCUCAAACCCUCCUCUCUCGGGACAUCACCAUCAUCUCUCCAAUGUAGACCCCCCAUCACUCGGCCUCUACUCCCCCCCGGGGCGUGUCUCCACUCUCCGCAUGGGGUGAGGAACGGGGGAGAAGGGGUGACCGCUCAUCAAGUGAGGGUUGAUCCCUCCCAUCCCACCGCCACCUCAUUCAGUCACGCCACCACUGGCCCAGCAAUGCCAAAGGUGCUGGAGAAUGGUUGUGGAUUGACCGCCAAAAGUCUCCCACCUCCCUGAAAAGUUUUAUUUAUUUUCACUCUGUUCAUUUCAGAAUAAACUUUUCCAACGUACAUCCCA